AACCUUUCUUUAUUAGAGACACUCUGAAUAAAGCAACAGACCCAAAUUGUACCAUUUGUAUCCCAAGCACGUCACCCCGGUCACCACCCUUCUUUCAGCUCAUCUCUUUCUCCCUUUGCCAUUUCCAAGCGCCUCUGUUCCCUCCCUCACUCAAAUCUCACUUAUCUUCCCCGAAUCCGGAAAUUUUCUAUUUUGUCCCAAGAAUUUAAGGGCUCAGGUGUAAAAAUGGCACUAAUGUCCCAGGCUGGUCCAUCAUACUGCGUUCAGCCUGAGAUCGUAAGAUGUAAAGCUGGACACAGUGUGGUUUAUAGCCUAACCGGCAGCAUGGAGGGGUCUAAAGUUAAGGAUGUUUGUUUUGGUUUCCGUUUCUCUUCGUCAAAUUUGUCGAAGCAGCGAAGGAGUUAUGGUCCUGGAGAGAGUAAAAGGAAACACCAGGUGAUUGUUGCUGCAAGCCCUCCUACAGAGGAUGCUGUUGUUGCUGCAGAGCCACUGACAAAGGAAGAUCUUGUAGGGUACCUGGCUUCCGGAUGCAAGCCUAAGGAGAAAUGGAGAAUCGGCACUGAACAUGAAAAGUUUGGUUUUGAGUUUGGGACUCUCCGACCAAUGAAAUAUGAACAAAUUGCGGAGUUGCUUAAUAGUAUUUCUGAGAGAUUUGACUGGGACAAAAUAAUGGAGGGCGAGAACAUUAUUGGUCUGAAACAGGGAAAGCAAAGCAUAUCACUGGAGCCUGGUGGCCAAUUUGAGUUAAGUGGUGCACCACUUGAAACUCUGCAUCAAACUUGUGCAGAGGUUAAUUCACAUCUUUACCAGGUCAAAGCUGUUGCAGAGGAGAUGGGCAUUGGAUUUCUAGGAAUUGGUUUCCAACCCAAAUGGGGAUUAAAGGACAUACCUAUAAUGCCGAAGGGGAGAUAUGAAAUUAUGAGAAAUUACAUGCCUAAAGUUGGCUCACUGGGGCUUGACAUGAUGUUCAGAACGUGUACUGUUCAGGUGAAUCUGGACUUCAGUUCUGAAGCUGACAUGAUAAGAAAAUUCCGAGCUGGUCUUGCACUGCAGCCUAUUGCCACAGCUUUAUUUGCAAAUUCACCGUUCACUGAAGGAAAACCAAAUGGAUAUCUUAGCAUGCGAAGCCAAAUUUGGACAGAUACAGAUAAUAAUCGUGCAGGCAUGCUUCCCUUUGUCUUCGAUGACUCUUUUGGGUUUGAGCAAUAUGUAGAAUAUGCUCUUGAUGUGCCAAUGUAUUUUGUGUAUCGGAAAAAGGAGUAUGUCAACUGUGCUGGAAUGUCAUUCCGGGAUUUUAUGGCAGGAAAACUUCCUUCUAUUCCUGGUGAAUAUCCGAGCCUGAAUGACUGGGAGAAUCAUCUCACAACAAUAUUUCCUGAGGUGAGGCUUAAGAGAUAUUUGGAGAUGAGAGGUGCUGAUGGAGGACCUUGGAGGAGGCUAUGUGCGCUGCCUGCAUUCUGGGUGGGCCUUCUAUAUGAUGAAAUUUCUCUUCAAAGUGUUCUGGACAUGACAGCUGAUUGGACGGCAGAAGAAAGACAAAUGCUCAGGAAUAAGGUACCAAAGAGUGGUUUGAAUACACCAUUCCGGGAUGGGCUGCUGAAGCAUGUGGCACAAGACGUGGUAAAGUUGGCUAAGGAUGGUUUAGAGAGGAGAGGCUUUAAGGAAACAGGAUUUUUGAAUGAAGUUGCUGAAGUUGUGAAAACAGGUGUAACACCUGCAGAGAAGCUCCUGGAGUUGUACCAUGGGAAGUGGGGGCAAAGUGUAGAUCCUGUUUUCGAGGAGCUGCUCUACUGAAGUCGCUUCCAUUAUUCUUUCUGCACUUUAUAUACCUGUCUGAUGCUCACUACAAGGAUUCUAAUUAGAAUUUUUGUGUAGAUUUAGAGAUGAGAAGUUACUUAAAUUUGCACCUGUGUACUCUACUAGGAAAUAAAUUAGUGCAAGAUCAUGUUUUGUAAUCUUCAAAACAUGCACAUCGCUUUCAUCUUGGAGGAUGGAAUAAUGGAGUUGAAGCAAUGAAUGUUUAGUUUAAGUCCUUCCGGUUUGCA